AUGUCAGUAAACAAUGAUGAUGGAGAAAGUGAUGAAAGUGACAAUGACUUCUAUUCCAGUUUCAACAAGUUUAAUCCAGCUACAUCUAGUAACAACAGUGACAUAUCAGACACAUUGGAUUCCAGUGAAUCAAGACAGUUGAACCUUAUAAAUUUACAAGUUUUAACUUAUUUUAAUUCCAAGAAGAAGGAAUUAGAUUUAUUAGAUGAUUUCCCUAAUAUUAAACAAUUUUUUUUGAAAUACAAUACUACGCUGCCAUCUUCUGCGCCUGUUGAAAGACUCUUCAGUGGAGCCGUCCAAGUAUUUACAGCCAGACGAAACCGCCUCAAUGAUCAUACUUUUGAGAUGUUGUUAUGUUGCCGUUCAAAUAAUCGAUAUUAA